AUGCCUCCAAGCAAUUGCCGCCACCUACCGCCCACCACCUUUUACAUCAUAGGCUACGGAUUCCCGAAAACCAGCAUCUACAAUAUUCUCUAUUGCCGUACUUUUUGUCUGAAUCUGAAAAUCUCGCCGUCGCAUCACCAGCUUCACUACAAAAUGCCCCCUCCCUUACGAUGCGUACAUGCGACUUCGAGCGCAAACAUCUUCGUCCAGCUCGCGCGCCGCACGACACCGGCCAUCAACGCCCCGGCCCCGAUCCUUUCGGUCCUCGUCCCGAGGUGGAAGCCCGCCACCACCACUGCGACCGCGCCAGCUGGCUUCGGCGCCAGCCGCAAAUACAGCUCCAAGGCUCUCUUACAGCGAGACUCGUCUCAACAGAGAUAUACCCGAAGGACGGUGCAGCUGCAGGUCCGGGCCUUCACGGCUUCCGCAACACGGAGGCAAACGAGAUGCGCAUGGAAUCCGAAGAAGGACGAGGACGGACAGGAGAUGAAGCUUGAAAUCACGGACAGGGCAGGCAAGCGUCUAUCGGACAUCAUGAAAAAGGACAACAACCCCAACCUCGCACUGAGAAUACAGGUCGAGAGCGGCGGCUGCCACGGCUUCCAGUACCUCAUGAGCCUAAUUACGCUGCCCGAGAGCGGCGAGGGCUCCGAGGACUGGUCCAAGGCGGUGGGGGAGGAUGAUACCGUGUUCCAGUACCUGCCCGCUGAUGCUGACCUGUCCGGGGCGUCGUUCGAGGGCCCCAAGGUGGUGAUCGACGAGCCGUCGCUGGAUCUUUUGAAGGGCAGCAAGGUAGACUUCACGAUGGAGCUCAUCGGGUCUCAGUUCAAGAUCACGGACAACCCGUAUGCGUCGAGCAGCUGCGGGUGUGGGACCAGCUUUGAUAUCAAGAUUUGAAUGACUCAGCAGAGGGGUACGAGCACCAGGUUUGUGAGACAAGACACAAGACAAGACACAAUUUGUACAAUACUAGGCCAGCGCAUUUGAGGGAAGAGCACUCGCCAACGGCAUUUACUGGGACAUAUACACAUUUCACACAAGACAUAAUACAACUCUCAGAA